AUGGGUUGCGUUGUUUCAAAAUCAGAUGAUAUUAAAAAUGAAAAUGAAUCUAGACAAAGAAAUCAAGCCUCAUCAUCUCAACAACCAUCAUCAUCUCAAACACCUUCAAAACAAAUAGGUAUUGCUGCUAAAGACAGCGAAGAACAACCACAAGAAGUUUCAUAUUCACAAAUGAGAGAAUUAGAUAAUGACUUUUUCAAGGAUAUUAUUGACAGAACAGCACAAAAAUUCAUUGAUGUAUCUAUGGUUGGUCCAGAUGGUAAAGAUUCAUUCCUCGAUAGAGAAAAAGAUUAUAGCGCUCAAAUUAAAGACUCAAAACUUUUAAAACCAACCUCAUUAACUUCAUUACCUCGUUUAUCUCAACAAUGUCAAAUGUCAAAUUUACAAAACCUUCUUUCACAACCAACUACUUUUGAUAAUGAAUUGAUGUCAAAAUAUACUUCUUCAAUUUCAGAAAAUUUAAAUGGAAUCCACAUUAAGGAAUGUGGCGAACUUGUUGUAUUUUUUGGAAAUUCUUUAAAAUAA